AUUGAGAAUCUGCAACGACAGAAAGGAACUGUGACUGUUUUUUCAAACAAUUGUACAAAUGCUGUCUGUGAUGAUUCACAUUUGAAAGUUAUCAAAGAAAGUGAACAUGUAGGCGGACCAAAUGACACAACAACCUGUGCGGGUGAUUUCGUAGUUCACGAUUACAGCAUUGAAUGCAGUGACGUAAGCCCUAUGUCGUUGGAAGAUGAUGUGUUUGAUGAUGACUCGCCAAGCUCAUUUGAUGUUCCUCUCCCGUCCUUUGUGUCCCACUAUGACCCCACUCGUCUAGCUGUCGAUGCCAUUUAUACAAGCAAGAAGCAUUUGGAUUUUACUUUGAAGAUGUUUGCAAUCACAAAUUUUUUCCAAUAUAGAACAUUAUCAUCAUCUCCGAAGGUGUUGCAUGUUAUUUGCGUGGAUCCAGAUUGCAAAUGGGCUGCCCGUGCUGUCCGUGUUGAUGAAAGUGGCCUGUUUCAAGUGCGAAGAUUUGAUAAUACGCACACAUGUUCAAUCGAUGUUAGACAAGCUAAUAGUCGUCAAGCAUCCGCAGCUCUUAUUGCCGAACUGAUCAAACACGAAUACGAUGAUGUUGCUAAAAAGGUUUACACACCUCAAACAAUUAUGGCAGAUAUGCAAAGAAUUCAUGGAAUCAUGAUGUCUUAUAAAAAAGCAUGGCAUGCGAGGGAAAUUGCAAUUCGAUUGGCUCGGGGAUCAGAAAAGGAAUCUUAUAAUAGGCUGCCAUCUUUGUGCCAUAUGCUGGACCAAGCAAAUCCAGGUUCUAUUGUUACACAUUCUUCCAAUUCAAAUGGAGAAUUUGAGUAUUUUUUUAUGUCUCUUGCGCCAUGGAGGAAUGGAUGGGAACAUUGCAUCCCAGUAAUUGUUGUUGAUGGUUCUUUUAUGAAGUCAUAUUAUAAGGGGACACUACUAACAGCAUGCACUCAAGAUGCGAAUAAGCAAAUUUUUCCACUUGCAUUUGCCAUUUGUAGUGUUGAGAAUACGGUGAACUGGACAUGGUUUUUUAAUAUGUUAAAAAAGUCCCUUAAACAUAGGGAAGACUUAUAUGUUGUGUCAGAUCGCCAC